CUGGGGCGGACCAAUUCCUCGGUUCCGGCCCCCGUUCGCAGUAUGGAGUCGUCCCGGGGGCGGCCCGGGCCCGAAGCAGACCUUCUGGCUCUAGCUGAACCACAGGCCGCGAGUUACAGCGGCGGGCCGGGCCGAACGCCCUCUAAGCCGCCCGCGGUUCUGAGGGUGCCCAGGGAGGAAGAGGCCGAGAACGUUGGGGUCGCGAGGCGCCACCCCAGAGCGACCGCGAAGACUUCGAGUAGCAGCAUCGUCCACCGGCCGGAACGGGAGGUUUGCGAGGACGAGCCCGGCCCCCGAGCGACGCCGUCCGGGGCCGGCAGCCUCCCGGAGGAGCCAGGUUCGGAACACGACCCGCCUCCGUCUUCCCAGCGCAAGGACCCGGAGCCGCCCGAGGACAAGCCUGCAUCGGAGAGGGUCUGCCGUCGAGGGAGCCCGGGAGGAGUCGAGAUGAAUGUCGAGCAGCCUCAGCAAGAGGAGGACGACAACGACGAAGAGGCGGCGGCGGCCGGUAGGGCUGGCCGCUCGUUCUCCAGCCGCCUUCAGGAUAGCCGCAGCCUGGAUGGGCUAAGUGGGGCGUGCGGCGGCGCGGGGUCCGCAGCGGGUGCUGAGUCCGGCGCUGGCGGCGGACGGCGCGCCACCAUCUCCAGCCCCCUGGAGCUCGAGGGCACCGUGAGCCGCCACGGCGACCUCACCCACUUUGUUGCCAACAACCUGCAACUCAAGAUCCGGCUGAGCGGCGCCCCUACACCCCUUCCCUCGGCCCCUGUGCGGCCCUGCCUAACACCCGCACCCACUCCCACCAUCCCGCCCAUCGACCCAGACGUGCUUCGAGAUCUGGAGCGGCUGAGUCGAGAACUGGGCGGCCGGGUGGACCGUCUGCUUCGCGGGCUAGGUGGUGCGGUGCAGGAGCUGACAGCGCUGAGCGUGGGCUGCAUUCAGACCUACCGCGACGCGGUGGACUCUUUAGGCGAAGCCGUGGACAUGAGCAUCAAGGGAAUGUACACCCUGCUGGCGCGCUGCGAGGAGCUGGAGCGGGCUCUGCAGCCGGUUCAGGGACUGGCGCGCCAAGUCCGAGAUAUCCGACGCACUCUGGAGGUGUUGGAGGCCCUAUGCAAGUGACCAGGAGGACUGAGGAGGCCGCGCGUCCGGCCAGGGAAGGGCCCAGCAGGACCCUAAGGACUCUUCAAAGAGUCCUGGGGGAAACUGCUCGCCGAGGGGAGGCCUAUGUGUUGGAGGUUCUUCCAGAUGCAUUUAGCUGGCCUGUGCCUGCCCACUCACUGGGCUUUAGGGAAGCGUAUAUGGGGAAGUUCUAACAGUUCUCCUGGUGGGAGGGGAUGUUGCUCUGCUUCUAUUCAGUUGACCAUCUAUAACUACCCUGUUCUUCCCAGCUCUUCUCCCUAGCUAGAGCACCAUCCCUGGCAACCCAGGUCUGGGCUUGAGGGUGACCAAGAGAAGGGAACAGAGGGCCCCAGCCUCACUGUGGCCAUCUUGACUCCAGUGCCCAUAUCUCAGGUGCCAGGGAAGCUUGAGUAGUCCUUGGCCACUAGCCAUGCGGGCAAGAGUGCACACCUGCAGGUGACCUUCCUGCUUCUCCCCUCAGGUCCCCUCCAAAAUCACUUCCUUAGCCAGAACUGGGGUGGAGCUGAGAGAAGGGCACAUUGCAUGGAGGAGGGGCUGACGUGGGAGGUGUCUCGCUGCUCUCAGGGUUCAGGUGGAAUUGUUGCCGGUUUUGAAGCCCACCUGUUGUGGAGUGUUCUAAUCAGUUUCGGCUUUCUGAGUUUUUGUGGAAUUAAAGUUGCUGCUGCUGCUAAGGCUGAGGCUGCGUCUGUGUGGGGUUGCACGGGUUGUUGACCAGCCAAAGGA